AUGCUUCUAUUUUGUCCUGAAUGUGGAACGUUACUUAAAGUUACUGAGCAUAAAUCUAUUGGUUGUAAUAUUUUAAAAUGUAUAAAUUGUAGUUAUUGGCAAAAUAUUCCAGGGAAGAUAUCUAGUAAAUAUUAUCCACAAUUAAAAGAUAUGGAUGAAGUUCUUGGAGGGCCAAGUUCAUGGGAGAAUGCACAGAUAACAGAUGAGAAAUGUCCAAAAUGUGGGGGACUUAGGGCAUAUUUUAUGCAACUUCAAACACGAAGUGCUGAUGAACCUAUGACAAUUUUUUAUAGAUGUGCAGCUAAUGAAUGUUGUCAUAGAUGGAAAGAAUAA